AGUGGGAGAAAGAGCGGUCCCAUCGAAGCAAGAGUCGAUCGGAUAGGCAUCCAAGUGAGCGUGAUGAAAGAGAGAGGAGUCGUGACAAGGAGUACAAGGAAAGGGAAAGGGAAAGAGAGUUAAGGGAACACGACAGAGAAAGUAGGUAUGUUACGUUUCAUAUUCUUAUCAUCCUUUGAACUAAUUAUUUAUGGAACUAUUGCGCUAAACUACAUAAUUACUGUUGGUGGGUACAUUGUGCAAGUUCCAAAAUAAGGGGACUUGUCACUUGACAUAGACCCAGUGCUAGUGUAAUCAUCCUGGUGAGAAAUUGAUUGAACUCUGUUUUGUAAAUGAUAAAUUUUCAUUUGUUACAAUUUUAUGAUGAACAAGAAGUUGGUUGCGUGAGCUUCAUGAUGAUAUAAUGAUGUGUACACCAAAUGUAGAAUAGCUUGAAUGACUUAUAAAAAAAAAAUGUAGAAUAGCUUGAAUGGAAAGUCAAGGUUGAUUUAUUAAUUAUUCUAAAUUUCUGAGGACCAUCAAAUAAGUAAUUCUUGGCCUUCUUAAGUUUAUACUGUUCUUUAAUACCUAUGUUAUCUUGAUGAUUUGUAAAGCUGGAAUGGGCUGUGUGUCACUUUUUAGGAAAAGAAUCUCGUUAGAAUAUUUACUCUCUGGGGGUAAAGGUUCUUAGAGACCAUUUUUUGUUGGAUGAGGAAACCAUUGGUAAUUCAAGUAAAAAAACUAAUCAUUUAGUUAUUUCUUGCUAAUGCAUUGCUCACUUUUAUUUUCUUUAUAAGUAUGAAAAAUUUAUUUAUUGUGACAGGUAACUAUGAAAAAUUUAUUAAUCCUCAUAAUUAGGCAAAUCCCAAGUAAACAAGUAGUAUACAAGAUAAAUAUACCUAAUUACAGCGUACUAGCUAAGAAAUACAAGUCAUUAAGAUUAGUCCCCUCUAAUACAAGUUGUAUAGGUAUGUUAAUAAGUAAAUUCAAGUUAACACUAAUUACAAACAAAAUUUAUUUAGAGUUGCACAAUAAAAUAGCGAUAACUUUUGUCAUUCUAUGUUCAUAAGUAAAUAAACAAUUGUAUAGGUAAUUUUGGGCGGUAGGUUUAGUCCUUUUUUAUAUAGGUAGGCGGUAGGUUAACCUUGUGAGAGCUUUAAACAAUGAUCUAAGCAUAUGAGGACAUUGAUCUUAGUUUUCGGCAUUGUGGUAGGUUUUCCUCUGGAUCUGAGCUCUAAAUAGGGUGGUUGACGUGCUUCCUCCCUUAACUCUCUUUACACCUGUUGAUUGCUCUGGUGGUGGUUUGCAUACAUUUUCUUUGCCUUCUCUAUGUUUUUUACUUCUGCGUGGAAUUUCCUAAGGUAGUGGAGUCUAGGUGGAUAGUACAAAUGUGUUCCUUGAGAGUUGGUUUCCACUACUUUCAUGUUGAGAAUAAAUGCUUUGACUAAUGCUAGAGGAACAAGUCUUUGUUAUAUGGAUAUCUUAAAGGAGCCGGGGGGAAGCGUUGUUCAAGUGGUAUAUUUGGGCAUGAUUAGGAUUGGUUGGUUGUGGCUACUAGGGAGGCUCUGCUUGAGGUGGAGGGGCUGAAGGAGUUCAUGUGCAAUUCCAAAGCUGGAAACAAAGUGCACUUGCAAGUUUAUGUCGGCUACUUUAUUAUGUUAAGGGUGAAUGUUAUGAGAGGUUAGAAUGCAAUCUAGUCCACAUCCUCAAGUUAUAUGUGGUUCUUAGUUAUGAUGAUGCAUGACGUGGAAGAUGGUUCUGCAUUUGAUGUAGAUGCCGCUCAGCUUGACUGUAGUUUUGUAUAUUGUGGCUCCAUUCUUCCCUCCAAGUAUAAUUCUCGCUUGUUUAACGAGUGUUAUACUAUUAUCUAGAUGAAUUUCUCACUGGUAGUUCUUAAGUGUAAUAUAGUUACUUAUGCUAUUUGACAGUGUGAAAAAUUCUGUAUAUUGAAUAUUAGAUUCUGGGAACUCGCAGAUAUGCUAGAGCAUCCAGAUGGUCUUUCUGGCAAUUGCGCCAGGCAGAGGAACUCAGAAAUGCUGGUGAGGAAGUGAUGGGCUUUGCUUAAGAGAAGCACUUCAUCUUCUGAUGCCCCUGGGAAUUUUAUUGUUCUGCAUUAUUCUUUUGCAUAGACGAUAUAAAGAAAAAAAGGAGGAAUUGACUGAACCAGAGGCAGAUCCCGAACGGGAUCAGAGGACUGUAUUUGCUUACCAGAUUUGUUUGAAGGCUAAUGAAAGAGAUGUGUAUGAAUUCUUCUCAAGAGCUGGCAAGGUGCGAGAUGUACGCCUUAUAAUGGAUCGUAAUACAAGGCGUUCCAAGGGAGUUGGGUAUAUUGAGUUCUAUGAUGCAAUGUCUGUCCCUAUGGCAAUAGCACUCUCUGGUCAGCCUCUUCUUGGCCUACCAGUUAUGGUGAAGCCAUCGGAAGCUGAAAAGAAUCUGGUCCAGUCAACUACAUCAGUGGCCAAUGCAUCAGGGGGGCAUAUAGGCCCUUAUUCAGGAGGUGCUAGAAGGCUUUAUGUUGGCAAUCUGCAUUUCAACAUGACCGAAGCUGAUCUUCGUCAGGUUUUUGAAGCAUUUGGUCAAGUAGAGCUGGUGCAGUUGCCUCUUGAUGAAACUGGACAUUGCAAGGGUUUUGGCUUUGUCCAGUUUGCACGCCUUGAGGACUCUAGGAAUGCUUUGAGUCUGAAUCAACAAUUGGAGAUUGCAGGCCGGCUUAUCAAGGUUUCAGCUGUUACCGACCAAACUGGACUGCAAGAUAUUGGAGCCAAUUCUGGUGAUUUUGAUGAUGAUGAAGGAGGUGGCUUGUCUCUGAAUGCGCGUUCUCGAGCACUUCUCAUGCAGAAGUUGGACCGUGGUGGCGCUGCAACUAGUACUGCUGGUUCAGUUGGCAAUCCUGCUGUCAAUAGCACUGGCCUUACUUUACCAACAGCUCCUAUCCUAGGAGCUGCUCCCGUGGUAUCUCCAGUUGUUGCUCCCCUUGCUUCAAUGCCUGCUCUUGCUGGACUUGGUGUUGGUCUUCAAGUUCCCACUGCUGCUGUGCCAAUAGCUGAUACAAUUGGUGUUCCAAGCGAAUGCUUAUUAUUGAAAGAUAUGUUUGAUCCGAAAAUUGAGAUGGAACCAGAUUUCGAUCUGGAUAUCAAAGAAGAUGUUCAAGAAGAAUGUUCAAAGUUCGGAACUUUGGAACACAUAUAUGUAGAAAAGAACAGUGCCGGUUUUGUAUACUUGCGAUUUGAGAAUGUUCAAGCUGCAGUUGCCGCACAGCGUGCUCUCCAUGGAAGAUGGUUUGCUGGAAAGAUGAUUACUGCAACAUUUAUGGUGCCACAAGCAUACGAGGCUAAGUUCCCCGACAGCAGAUAGGAUUAUAUGGAUUCUCGAUGUGUUGCUGGAGUCCUAAUGAUAAGAUGGAUCUAAGGUUUAGUUAAGAUAGCGUUUUGUUGUCUUCAUUUCAUUUUGGGGGGGAGGAGAGAAGCUUUGUGUACAAGAAGUAGGAAUCCUCAGGCAUCGAAUAUGAAAUGCCAGUAGCAGUUACAUGGGAAUGUAUGUAAUUGUUACUGCCGUUUACUAUCAAUACAUGAGGAGUUAUUAUUUGUAGGCCAACUUUAUACUUUCUUUUAUCUAUACAUGAGGAGUUUCCUGUG